CUCACUCCCUGGCUCCGCCCUGCUCACUCUUAGGGAGCGGGGCGAAGGCCGGGCUGGGAGAAGAGGCGGGGUAGCGGCUGCGCGCGUGCGCGGAAGAGGGCUGAGGGGCGGGGCGCCGCUGCGGCCUGGUUUGAGCGAUUUUAGUCAAGAUGCAGGACCCCAAUGCAGACACUGAGUGGAAUGACAUCUUACGCAAAAAGGGCAUCUUGCCCUCAAAGGAAAGUUUGAAAGAUUUGGAAAAGGAGGCAGAAGAAGAAGAACAGCGAGUCCUUCAGCAGUCAGUUGUGAAAACAUAUGAAGAUAUGACUUUGGAAGAGCUGGAGGAUAAUGAAGACGAAUUUAAUGAGGAAGAUGAACGUGCUAUUGAAAUGUACAGGCAGCAAAGACUGGCUGAGUGGAAAGCAACUCAACUGAAGAAUAAAUUUGGAGAAGUUUUGGAGAUCUCAGGAAAGGAUUAUGUUCAAGAAGUUACCAAAGCCGGUGAGGGCUUGUGGGUAAUCUUGCACCUUUACAAACAAGGGAUUCCCCUCUGUGCCCUCAUAAAUCAGCACUUCAGUGGACUUGCCAGGAAGUUUCCUGAUGUCAAAUUUAUCAAAGCCAUUUCAACAACCUGCAUACCUAAUUAUCCUGAUAGGAAUCUGCCUACAAUAUUUGUUUACCUUGAAGGAGAUAUCAAAGCUCAAUUUAUUGGACCUCUGGUGUUUGGUGGCAUGAACCUGACAAUAGACGAGUUGGAGUGGAAACUGUCAGAGUCUGGAGCAAUCAAGACAGACUUGGAGGAAAACCCUAAGAAACCAAUUGAAGACGCGUUGCUAUCCUCAGUGCGGUGCUCCAUCCCCACAAGAAGGGGUAGCGAUUCUGAGGAUGACUAAGACUAUGGCCUCGGACUUCCUUCCAGUGAAUUAUCAUCUUGAUUUCAGUCUCUCCCUUGAUGAGGAGCCUCAGACAGUGUUUAGGUUCUGUGGCAGAGACUACUACUUGCCUAUCAAGCAUCCAGGAUUCUCCAGUUCUACUCCCAACAGCAGUGGGAUCAGCUAAAAGAUUAAACUUCUAGCCUCCCUGGAGCUACGGAUUGCCAGACGGAAGGUGGACAGAAGUUGGCCAGGCAAGCUGAAGAGGGACAGACAACUGGCAUGUGCCCCUUUUGGACUUAACCCCGUUUACUUUCUGACAGAAGUGUACAUGUGAUUGCAGCCUACUUGGACCAACGGGUCUCUUUAUAAAGGCAAAGCUGAAAAGAACAUUCCUGAUGACAUUGUGGAGCCACUAUAAGCCGGCUCUUGACUGCCUUCUCCGGACUUCUGUUACUGGGAAAGAAAUAACUUCCACCCUGGUCUCUUAGUAGCAGCUGAUACAUUUCCUGAUAAAGUCACCUGCCCAUUGCCAAAGGAAACUUCAGCCAUUCUAGCUUUCUACUCCUCACCACUUUCACAUUGCUUGACAAAACAGAAGAGCAGUCUAGAUUUCCUGCCCUUUACUUCAUCAGUGUUGCCUUUCAGUAAUGUCAUGAAUUAGACUUUAGGACUAUAUUUCCAAUACGUGAAGGACUAGAUACUCUGAACAACUUGCCUGAUAAUAACUCAAAAUGUUGGAUAAAAGGUUUUUUUAAUGUUCUUAAAUUGUCGCUGAACUGACAAGAAAGAAAAGCAUUCUCAGUGUUCAAAAGCAAUUUGAAUUCUCAGUACUUGUGGUCUAAAAACUCAAACCAAGUUCUUAAAGUGGUCCUAAGUCGGUAGUGCCCCUGAGCUCAUGGCUAAAGCAACUGCAUAUCCAUGCUGUAAGAAUACAACUUUAAUUUAUUCCUCAAACACUUCUUACAAAUGAAGCUCCAAAGGAACGUGAGCUCAUAGUCCUAAAUCACUAACACACACAAAAUCACAGGAUGCCUCAAAAUAAGGUAUCCUGAAGGAAAGCCAGUGGAAAACAAUACAGUCAGACUUGCAAAGACUGGAUGGUGGAAUUUUCAGGUCUAAGAUGAACACUUUUUUUUUUUUAAGAUUUUAUUCUUUAUUAGAGAGAGAGUGAGCGAGCUUGAGCGGGUUAAGGGAGCCCAAUGUGGGGCUGGAUCCCAGGAUCCUGGGAUCCAUGACCUGAGCCAAAGGCAGAUGCUUAACUGAUUGAGCCACCCAGGCGCCCCAAGAUGAAUACAUUUAGUAUGUAUUUAAUAAGAGUAAAGAAAAAGAGUUCCUUAUAUUAAAAUAAAUCCCAUUUCAAAUAACCAGUGGAAGAGAGAAUGGACUGGAAAGUAGAGCCAAAUAAUUAUCCAGUAGAUAACAGAGAUAAAUAGGUAGAAAUGUAAAAAUUAGGAGAGAUGUGGAGUGACUGAGAAGGUCUAACAUGUGUCUUAGAAUUUUAGAAGGAAAGAAUUAAAAAUUGGCAAUAUUUGAAGAGAUAAAGAUAGAUUUUCUAGAACCAGUGAAAGAUACCAACCUUCAGAAACCUAUACAAAUCCCAAAUGAUUACAUAUAAUAAAUCAACACUUCCGUGUGUAUAUACAUAUGUAUAAUGUGUGUGUGUGUGUAUGUAAAACUGCAGAAUAUCAGAUUUGUAUAAGCAGAACAGUCGUAUUACCCACAACAGAGUAGCUAUAAGGCUUACUGAUGUCUCAGCAGCAAGGAAAACAAAAAAGACUAGUAGUAUCAUCAGUGGGCUAAGAAAAAACAACAAAAACUGCUAAGAAUUAGUACCCAGCAAAGCUAUAUUUCGGGAAUGAGGAUGAAACUUCUGACGGAAUGAGUGAGUUUAGAAGAUGAGUGGUGCGGGGACACCUGGAUGGCUUAGUCACUCAGGUCACAAUCUCAGGAUCGUGGGAUUGAGCCCCAUGUUGGGCUCCACACUCAGCAUGGAUUCUGCUUGAGAUUCUUUCUUUCCCUGUGCCCCGCCCUACCCCUGCACUCUCACUUCAAAACAAAACAAAACGAAAAACAAACAAAAAACAAUGCAGAAAGACAACCAUCUGAUGAAAGGUCUGAGGUUCAAUGAAAGGUGGUGACCAAAAAAACGUGGAUAAAUCUGAACGAACAUUGACUUAAAAGAAUACAAAUAAUGCCUUAUUUGUGAUAUUGAAAG